CCCAGCCCGACCCCGCGCCUGAGCCCACCCCGAGGCCCUUGCCCCGGCCCCCUCCCCACCCGCCGGCCCCUGACCCCCCGAAGCCGCCAAGAUGGGGGACAAGAAAGAUGACAAGGGCUCGCCCAAGAAGAGCAAGGCUAAGGAGCGCCGGGACAUGGACGACCUCAAGAAGGAGGUGGCCAUGACAGAGCACAAGAUGUCAGUGGAAGAGGUCUGCCGGAAAUACAACACAGACUGCGUGCAGGGUCUGACCCACAGCAAAGCCCAGGAGAUCCUGGCCCGGGACGGGCCUAAUGCACUCACGCCGCCGCCCACCACCCCCGAGUGGGUCAAGUUCUGCCGCCAGCUCUUCGGGGGCUUCUCCAUCCUGCUGUGGAUUGGGGCCAUCCUCUGCUUCCUGGCCUACGGCAUCCAGGCGGGCACGGAGGACGAUCCCUCUGGGGACAACCUGUACCUGGGCAUUGUGCUGGCGGCUGUGGUCAUCAUCACCGGCUGCUUCUCCUACUACCAGGAGGCCAAGAGCUCCAAGAUCAUGGAGUCUUUCAAGAACAUGGUUCCUCAGCAAGCACUGGUGAUCCGGGAAGGUGAGAAGAUGCAGGUGAACGCUGAGGAUGUGGUGGUCGGGGACCUGGUAGAGAUCAAGGGCGGAGACCGAGUCCCAGCAGACCUGCGUAUCAUCUCAGCCCACGGCUGCAAGGUGGACAACUCCUCCCUGACCGGUGAAUCAGAACCCCAGACGCGCUCUCCCGACUGCACACAUGACAACCCCUUGGAGACUCGGAACAUCACCUUCUUUUCCACCAACUGCGUGGAAGGCACGGCUCGGGGCGUGGUGGUGGCCACCGGGGACCGCACUGUCAUGGGCCGUAUCGCCACCCUGGCUUCAGGGCUGGAGGUGGGCAAGACGCCCAUCGCCAUCGAGAUUGAGCACUUCAUCCAGCUCAUCACUGGCGUGGCCGUCUUCCUGGGUGUCUCCUUCUUCAUCCUCUCCCUCAUUCUCGGAUAUACCUGGCUUGAGGCUGUCAUCUUCCUCAUCGGCAUCAUCGUGGCCAAUGUCCCAGAGGGCCUGCUGGCCACUGUCACUGUUUGUCUGACACUGACCGCCAAGCGCAUGGCACGGAAGAACUGCCUUGUGAAAAACCUGGAGGCUGUGGAGACCCUGGGCUCCACAUCCACCAUCUGCUCCGACAAGACAGGGACCCUCACUCAGAACCGCAUGACCGUUGCCCACAUGUGGUUUGACAAUCAGAUCCACGAGGCCGACACCACUGAGGACCAGUCAGGGACCUCGUUCGACAAGAGCUCACACACCUGGGUGGCCCUGUCCCAUAUCGCCGGACUCUGCAAUCGAGCCGUCUUCAAGGGUGGUCAGGACAACAUCCCUGUGCUCAAGAGGGAUGUGGCUGGUGAUGCCUCUGAGUCCGCCCUGCUGAAGUGCAUUGAGUUGUCCUCCGGCUCCGUGAAGCUGAUGCGGGAACGUAAUAAGAAAGUGGCCGAGAUCCCCUUUAACUCCACCAACAAAUACCAGCUCUCCAUCCAUGAGACCGAGGACCCCAAUGACAACCGGUACCUGCUGGUGAUGAAGGGCGCCCCUGAGCGCAUCCUGGACCGCUGCUCCACCAUCCUGCUGCAGGGCAAGGAGCAGCCGCUGGACGAGGAGAUGAAGGAAGCCUUCCAGAACGCCUACCUUGAGCUUGGCGGCUUGGGCGAGCGUGUGCUGGGCUUCUGCCAUUACUACCUGCCCGAGGAGCAGUUCCCCAAGGGCUUUGCCUUCGACUGCGACGAUGUGAACUUCACCACAGACAACCUCUGCUUUGUGGGCCUCAUGUCCAUGAUCGACCCGCCCCGAGCCGCCGUCCCCGAUGCAGUGGGCAAGUGCCGAAGUGCAGGCAUCAAGGUCAUCAUGGUCACAGGCGAUCACCCCAUCACCGCAAAGGCCAUUGCCAAGGGUGUGGGCAUCAUUUCUGAGGGCAACGAGACUGUGGAGGACAUCGCUGCCCGGCUCAACAUUCCAGUCAGCCAGGUCAACCCCCGGGACGCCAAGGCCUGUGUGAUCCAUGGCACCGACCUCAAGGACUUCACCUCCGAGCAAAUUGACGAGAUCCUGCAGAACCACACUGAGAUCGUCUUUGCCCGAACAUCUCCCCAGCAGAAGCUCAUCAUUGUGGAGGGCUGCCAGAGACAGGGAGCAAUCGUGGCCGUGACUGGGGAUGGUGUGAACGACUCCCCUGCCCUGAAGAAGGCUGACAUUGGGGUGGCCAUGGGCAUUGCCGGCUCUGAUGUCUCCAAGCAGGCAGCGGACAUGAUCCUGCUGGAUGACAACUUUGCCUCCAUCGUCACGGGUGUGGAGGAGGGCCGCCUGAUCUUUGACAACCUGAAGAAAUCUAUCGCCUACACCCUGACCAGCAACAUCCCCGAGAUCACACCGUUCCUGCUGUUCAUCAUGGCCAACAUCCCGCUGCCUCUGGGCACCAUCACCAUCCUCUGCAUCGACCUGGGCACGGACAUGGUCCCUGCCAUCUCACUGGCAUACGAGGCUGCCGAGAGUGACAUCAUGAAGAGACAGCCCAGGAAUCCGCGCACUGACAAGUUGGUUAACGAGAGGCUCAUCAGCAUGGCCUAUGGGCAGAUUGGAAUGAUCCAGGCUCUCGGUGGUUUCUUCUCCUACUUUGUAAUCCUGGCAGAAAAUGGCUUCCUGCCUGGCAACUUGGUGGGCAUCCGGUUGAACUGGGAUGACCGCACCGUCAAUGACCUUGAGGACAGCUACGGGCAGCAGUGGACGUACGAGCAAAGGAAAGUAGUGGAGUUCACGUGCCACACAGCCUUCUUUGUGAGCAUCGUGGUCGUCCAGUGGGCUGACCUGAUCAUCUGCAAGACCCGCAGGAACUCGGUCUUCCAGCAGGGCAUGAAGAACAAGAUCUUGAUCUUCGGGUUGUUUGAGGAGACGGCCCUCGCUGCCUUCCUGUCCUACUGCCCUGGCAUGGACGUGGCCCUUCGCAUGUACCCUCUCAAGCCCAGCUGGUGGUUCUGUGCCUUCCCCUACAGCUUCCUCAUCUUCGUCUAUGAUGAAAUCCGCAAACUCAUCCUGCGCAGGAACCCCGGGGGUUGGGUGGAGAAGGAAACCUACUACUGACCUCAACCCCAGCACCUCACCCAUCUCCUCCCUGCCCCUCCUUGCAAGCCCAGGACAGCCCCCUCCAGUCCCCCCCAUUUUGUAUUCUGGGGGGAGGGGCCCUCUCUCCCCAUGGCCCCCACCUUGGCCCCACCCCCUCAAAGUGUCUCCGGCCCCCUCCCUCUCUCCCCACCUCUGGCUGGCUUCUGUCCCCGCCCCGGCCCCUGCCUCUCCUCUUUUCUGUGUCUCUGUUCCUCUCCCUCUCCUCACCACUGUGUCCCAGCCCCCUCCCUGGGCUCUUUUUUACUCCCCCUCAAUGUCCCCCCACCCUGGCUGAUGCCAUCUCUGGUUCUGGACAAUUAUCAAAUAUAUCAGUGGGGAGAGAGGCGGUGUGUGUUGUGCUUGCUUUCUGGACGGGAGGCAUGGGCGGGCGGUGUCCCCUGUGCUGGCGCACUGGCUGGGGGCUCACGCCGUGCCAGGAGGAGAGGCCGGCACCAGCUUGGGAGUCCCGGAGACACGGGGUCAUCAUCAAGUCAUGGAGUUUUAGACCAAACUAAAGCUAGAGGGAGGGCAUCUUGAAUUCUUUAGGAGAUGGGAUUAUGGGAUCAGAACCAGCGAGAGGAAGUAGGACCCCAGGGAAGUGAUGAAAGUGACAACUAGAGGAUGAUGGUGGAGAUUCAUUGAGCCUCCACUCUGUGCUCUGCCCUCUUCUAAGCAUUCUGUGUAUAAACUCACUUAAUCCUCACAGGUAUGAGGCACAGAAAGGACAGUGACUUGCUCAAGGUCACAGAGCUGAGAGGUAGCAGAUCUGGGAUUUGUACAGGCUAUCCAAGCUCUAAGUCACUAUGCUAUUUUCCCUUUUUAUUGAGAUAAACUUUCAUACAGUGAAGCGCACAAAUGUUAAGGGCACAGCUGAACAAUCUAAAAAAUUACACCCACCCCGUUCAAGAUAUCGAACAUCUCCAUCCACCCAGAAAGCUCCCUCGUGCCCCUUUCCAGUCAGCCCCUCUCCAGAGCACUGAUAUGCUUUCUGUCGCCAUCCUUUGG